AUGUCUUGUUCAGCGACCCCAAGACUGAUCCGGGAACUGGGCCGCGCCUCACCUGCUAAAGUCGACCGAUUCAGUAUUUUCGCUAUGCUUUCGCCCGCGACGUCAGGGCCGCUCAACGCCAUGCGACUGGAAACCGACAAGGGCAGAUCGAACCAGCGCGAGCCGUGGGUCGGCAUCCAGCUCUUUCACGGCAUUCCCCAGAUCCACCUUGCCCACUGCAGCGAUGUCUUGGCGGAAAUGGCAAGCCAGCAAUCGACUCUGGAGCUGGUAGUUGGCCCGCCCUUCGUGGAAGACCUCAAGCAGGCCAACAUGCGGCAGUUUUCCAAGCUGGGGUUUGAGAUCCACAGCGACGCGCUCGUUGCGCUCCGGGCGGAUAUGCACCGUGCCAUCACGUCGCUUCGGCGGGACGCGGCGCCGAAUGGCCGGUCGUUUAGGACCGGAGGGAGGAUCCCGCUGAGCAAGAAUUGGAAUUUCGGAGACUACCGGCCCGUCUUCGCGGUGGGGUACUUCACGCGCCGUGGGAACCUGAACAUGAUGAUCACCCAGAUGAAAGCGGCGUAUGCCCGAGGGAUGCCCAAUGUUCACGUUGUCGGGCUGGGCAUCCAGGAUCUCUCUGCGGCGGAUGGACAGUCUGUUGUGGCUCAAAUUCCUAAUAUGGAGUUCCCUUUUGAGUCUGGGGCUAGCGUAGCGGAGGAGAGCAGAGCGGACACAGAACCCUAA